AUGAGACUGAACGGGCACAGAUUUUUUAUCGUCGCUAUCCACGAGAAAUUCCACCCUCGCCCAACUUAUGAUGCUGAGCAUCCACAGUCUCCACACCAACUCUUGGCCUUCAGGAACACCGUUUCUAUCAUCCUCCCACCCUGUUUGCUUCUCUUCCCCUUUUCUCCUCCAUUCCCUAAUCCCCAUCUGCAUCCCCUCUUCGUUCCCUCUUCUUCUACUGCCAGCCCUGUCGGCAUUAAUGCUCUGUCUCGGUCUCAUCGUGCGGCGUUACCAGUUUUCCCCAGUUUCUCUGUCGCCCGGUUUCGAUUUUCAUUCUACUCCCAUUUUUCCCUGUCUCUCCUUUUCUUCACUUUUUCCCUCUUCCAAAUCAAUAUUGCCAUGGUUGAUUUCUUACCUUAUUUUAUCCUCAUUUUUAAUAAAUCUUUAUUCUGCCAGUAUCGGCGUAGGAACCGAAUACUCUUCAGAAAUAAUGAUCCUCACUCAUUCCUCUGUUUUAGUCGUAAUACCUCCAUCUACUACUUGCUUAGUCCUAUCAACCACUUUCUCUCCCCACAUUUUUAG